CCGAACUGGAGAAAACAUGAAGCCGACACUGAAAGGCUGUGUAAACAGGUCAGUUCACCCCGCUGCUUCCCAGAAGGACGGAUUUACGGGUAGCACAGAUAAACCUGUUGGAACCUUUUGUUCAUGUUUCUGGUGCGUCGGUAAACCUGACGUACCGUCACUAACAGCAUACAUGCUUUUAAACUGAACUGCACCAUCAGGAGAUGAAACCUAAAGGCGAACCCGUCCAGUUCUGUGGCAGUUAAACCCAUUUAUUUAGAUUUUUAGUUAUUUAUGGUCCGGGAACUGAUUCUAAAAGUGACAUCAUCAUGAUUCCCGGUGCACCGCGUUGCCUCGACCAGCAGAGGCCGCUGCGCCGCCUGGACGCUGACGUCAUGUGACGUACGAGGAAAAGUGAAAACAGCACAACAAACCAGCAGGCAGCUAGCCACCGUUAAACUGGAGGUUAUCAGGAGGGGCAGGACCCAGCUGCAGUUCGGCGGUUCGGUUCGGAAAGGACAGGAAAGGCUGUAGCUAAAUUAGAGGGAGACGUCUCCGGUCAAAUGUCCUCCGGCUGUCCCCCCCAGUCCCCGGCCGUAGCAAAGACAGAGGUAGCGGUGGAGGGAGAGUGCCCCCUGCUGGCCGCCACCUUCGCCUACUGGGACAACAUCCUGGGGCCUCGCGUGCGCCACAUGUGGUCGCCGCGCGGCGAGCAGCCGAUGUCGCUGAGCGACGGCGAGGUCACCUUCCUGGCCAACCACACGCUGAACGGAGAGAUCCUGCGCAACGCCGAGUGCGGCGCCGUGGACGUCAAGUUCUUCGUCUUGGCAGAGAAAGGUGUCAUCAUCGUGUCUCUGAUCUUCGACGGCGAGCUGAAGGGCGACAAGAACACGUGCGCCCUGUCCGUCAUCCUGCCGCAGACCGAGCUGGCCUUCUACCUGCCGCUGCACGCCGCCUGCGUGGAGCGGCUCACACACGGCAUCCGCAAAGGACGCAUCUGGAUGCAGAAGGGCUACAACAUCAUCUCAGUGCUGAGCCUGGAGAUCGCCCCCAUCAUGGAGCUGCUGGCCUCCAUGAAGUCUCACUGCGUGCCUGAAGAAAUAGACAUCAGAGACACCGUGCUAAAUGAUGACGACAUCGGGGACAGCUGCCAUGAGGGCUUCCUCCACAAAGCCAUCAGCUCCCAUCUGCAGACGUGCGGCUGCUCCAUCGUGGUCGGAAGCAACCCAGAGAAAGUAAACAAGAUCGUCCGGACGCUCUGCCUGUUCCUGACUCCAGCUGAGAGGAAGUGUUCCCGCCUCUGCCGGGCCAGCUCCUCCUUCAAGUACGACACGGGUCUGUUCGUCCAGGGACUCCUGAAGGAUUCCACCGGCAGCUUCGUGCUGCCGUUCCGCCAGGUGCUGUACGCGCCGUACCCGACCACGCACAUCGACGUGGACAUCAACACCGUGAAGCAGAUGCCGCCGUGCCACGAACACACCUUCAACCAGCGGCGCUACAUGCGCUCUGAGCUCAACACGCUGUGGAAGACCGACAGCGAGGACGACAUCCCGCCGGAAACCGUGAUCCACACAGACGAAACCUUCACCCCGGACCUGAACAUCUUCCAGGAUGUCUUGCAUACCGACACGUUGGUCAGAUCCUUCAUAGACGAGGUGUUCCUGCUGAAGCCCGGCCUGGCCCUCAGGAGCUCCUACCUGGCCCAGUUCCUGCUGCUGCUGCACCGCAAGGCGCUCACGCUGCUCAAGUACAUCGAGGACGAGACGCAGAAAGGGAAGAAGCCGUUCCGGGCCCUCCGGAACCUGAAGGCGGACCUGGACCUGAAGGCCGAGGGGGACCUGAACAUCGUCAUGGCGAUGGCCGAGAAGCUGAGGGCAGGGCUUCACUCCUUCGUGUUCGGGAAGCCGUUCUACACCAGCGUGCAGGAGAGGGACGUGCUCAUGAGCUUCUGACCCCGCCAGGUCAAACCGGGUCUAACCGGGUCGGACCGGGUUCUGGUCCAGUAUUCAGACGGCUGGUUCUGACUGAAGUUGGUAGCUUCCUUCGUCUCCAGGAACCAGAAUUCGGUCUGAUGUUAACUUGGAUUUAAGCUGAUAUUUAUUUUAAAUGUGCUGAAGUUGGGAGACAACUGGAGCUUUUUAAUAUUUUAUAAUCAUGAAUAAUUUAAAUUAUGACGAGUUAUUAAACUCCGGCUCAACUGUGAGCCAAACAUUUAAAGUUUAUAGACGAUAAAUCAGCAAAGCUGCUGAGAUGAAAAGCUUCACAUUCUGUUCUGCCGUUCUCUGAUUGGCUGUCAGGACCUGAGCUGUUUCAUGUUUUAUCUUAUUUUGUCGAUGUUUUUCUCAGCUGUUUGUUUUCUGUCCAUCAGCAAGAAACGUUUCAGGAAUAAAGGUUAAAUAAAACAUCA